AUGCCUCGAUGGCAUCUAAAUUUUGAUGGUCCGUGCAUGUUGUUGCAGUCCGCGCUUUCUGACACACCGUCUUCCACGGAUACCGGCUACGCAUCGCAUUGUCUUCCACCGGCACAAGUCUCACCAGCGCCUGGCCAUUUCGACUAUUGUCUCAUGCAACCAGCCCCUUCAGGUUCUAGUGUUAGUUCGCUUCCAAUACGUCCCACUUCUGGAAAACGGAAAACGAAAUCACUACGUGGCGAAUCCGAUGACGACAACAAAUCGGGUGACGAACGCGAUGUCGAUCGACGAUCUGCCAACAACGCCCGCGAACGAGUUCGUGUGCGCGACAUCAACACAGCCUUCAAAGAGUUGGGGAAGAUGUGCGGCCAACACCUACCGAAUGCUUCCGAGAAGGCUCAGACCAAACUGGGCAUUCUCCAUCAGGCUGUCUCCAUUAUUACUGCACUUGAGGAUCAGGUUCGGCAGCGUAAUCUGAAUCCGAAGGCGGCUUGUCUCAAACGACGUUCUGAGGAGGAAAAAGCACCUCCGAGUGCGUUGAUGGAGCAAAAGCCGCAAACACAUGAUUACCAAGGACAAUACUGA